GGCCAGGGAAGCAGCAAUGUCCGUGAAGGUGGCGGCCCCGGGAAGCAUGGGGCUGGGCCCAGAGCACCUGAGCCCUGAGGAGCUGGUGCGACAGACGCGACAAGUGGUACAGGGGCUGGAGGCCCUGCGGGCAGAGCACCGGGGCCUGGCCGGGCACCUGGCGGAGGCCCUGGCAGGACAGGGCCCGGUGGCUGGCCUGGAACUGCUGGAAGAAAAGCAGGAGGUGGUGAGCCACUCACUGGAGGCCAUCGAGCUGGGGCUGGGUGAGGCCCAGGUGCUGCUGGCCCUGUCGGCACAUGUGGGCGCGCUGGAGGCUGAGAAGCAGCGGCUGCGAGCACAGGCCCGGCGGCUGGCCCAGGAGAACACAUGGCUGCGGGAAGAGCUGGAGGAGGCGCAGCAGCGGUUGCGGGCCAGCGAGGAGGCUGUGGCCCAGCUGGAAGAGGAGAAGGGCCACCUGCAGUUCCGGGGGCAGCCGCGGGGGCACGACCGGCCGGCGGAGAGCCAGCAGCCCGCGUCCCCCCGUCGGCGGGACAGCCUGGCCUCCCUGUACCCCGGUGAGGAAGAGGAGAGGAAAGGUCCCGAGGCAGCGGGGGCCAUCUCUGCUCAGCAGGGUGGCUACGAGAUCCCGGCCCGCCUUCGGACCCUGCACAACCUCGUGAUCCAGUACACGGGGCAGGGCCGCUACGAGGUGGCUGCACCGCUGUGCCGCCAGGCCUUAGAGGAUCUGGAGCGGAGCUCGGGCCACUGCCACCCUGACGUGGCCACCAUGCUCAACAUCCUGGCGCUGGUGUACCGGGACCAGAACAAGUACAAAGAGGCCACAGACCUUCUCCAGGACGCCCUGCAGAUCCGGGAGCAGACACUGGGCCGGGAGCACCCCGCGGUGGCCGCCACCCUCAACAACCUGGCCGUCCUCUACGGGAAGCGUGGGCGUUACCAGGAGGCAGAGCCCCUGUGCCAGCGCGCCCUGGAGAUCCGUGAGAAGGUCCUGGGCGCCAACCACCCGGACGUGGCCAAGCAGCUCAACAACCUGGCCCUGCUGUGCCAGAACCAGGGCAAGUUCGAGGAGGUGGAGCGGCACUACGGCCGGGCCCUGAGCAUCUACAAGGCCCUAGGUGGGCCUCACGACCCCAAUGUGGCCAAGACCAAGAACAACCUGGCCUCAGCCUACCUGAAACAGAACAAGUACCAGCAGGCGGAGGAACUGUACAAAGAAAUCCUCAGCAGGGAGGCCCUGCCUGCCCCUCUCGGAGCCCCCAACACAGGCACAGCUGGUGACGCAGAACAGCAGACCUUUCGUCGGAGCAGCUCGUUCUCCAAGCUCCGAGAGUCCAUCCGGCGGGGAAGCGAGAAGCUGGUCUCCCGGCUCCGAGGCGAGGGGGUGGCGGGGGCGGCCGGGAUGAAGAGAGCCAUGUCACUCAACAUGCUGAACAUGGAUGGUUCCAGGGCUGCUGGGAACCAGUUCCCCAGCCGGCACCUGGGCGAGGCCUCUCGGACCCUCAGCGCCAGCACCCAGGACCUGGGCCCCCGCUGAAGGCGACAGAACCACUUGGAUGCGGCUUCUCAGGAGGAGCGGGAGAGGGAUGGGAGGCGGGGAGGGGAGUCCUUUCAUCUCCCUGACUCGCUCCCACCCCUUGGGGGCACCCAGUGUCGGGCUUCCCCUGUCCUCUUCUCCUGUGAUUAAAGGCUGUAGACUUGGCAGCCAGAA